UACCGCCCAAGACAUCACCACGAUCAACCCUCAGCUCCCCAACCAACCCACCAACCCACCAACCCACCAACACCACUAGCCCGGCUUCUCUGUAUCCGCGUCUCCACAUGACUACUGCCCGCUCCCGCCGAGUCUACUUCGAGGACGAGAUCCGGGCAGCAGAGGCGCGGCGAACCCGCGGAGACAGCCAAAGAAGUCGAUCAGGCCGAAGCCGCAGCGCCGACCGCGUACACGGCCUCUUUGACGACGCCGAGAUGGCCCAGGGCCGCGAUCGUGUGGUCGGCCGCGAGGCCUACGACCAGCUGCUGCGCGAGAACCAGUACCUCCGCAUCGAGCUGCGCGAGCUCGAGUCGGCGCAGGCCUGGAUCGACCAGCUCCGCCGCGAGAAUGCCGAGCUCAGGCAGGAGAACCGGGAGCUGCGCGAGCUCGAGUCGGCGCAGGCCUGGAUCGACCAGCUCCGCCGCGAGAAUGCCGAGCUCAGGCAGGAGAACCGGGAGCUGCGCCGGGCCGGCGGCGGCGGCGGCGGCUACGCGUCGUCCGACGUCAACGACGGAGCCGCCACCGGCCACCACAAGGACACCAAGCUGCGCAAGAAGGUGGCCAAGCUCGAGGUCGAGGUCGACGAGCUCAAGACCAAGCUGAGCGACGCCAAGGCCAAGACCGCCAAAUGGCGCGCGCUCUACGACGAGCUCAGCCAGGCGUACGAGGACGUCAGGCGUCGCGAGAGGGACGCCCAGCGCCGCGUCGACAUCGUCCGCCAGAACAUCACCCUCGUCGAGGAGGCCAAGACUCGCCUCGAGCAGGAGAACGCCUCGCUCAAACUCGGCAUCGACCUCGACCUCGACCUCGAGGACCGCCUCCGCCGUCGGCAAAACUACUGAUUCGCUCUCUUUUUUCCGUCCUCCCUUUCCCCCUCUUUUGAGUUCUACCCCUCAAGGGCGCUUGUAUCAAUACAUGUUCUU